AUGCCUCUUCCCCGUUACACUAUCCAACCUACACACAUUAGCCGGGUUCAUAUGCCCGAGAAGAUUGACAAUGAGCUUGAAUACGUCUCAAAUGAGACGCUGUGCAAUUUAAUGCACCAAAUGGCUUCAGUGGCCUCCGUCGCUUCGGAGAUCUUCGAAGAACUUAUUACCGAUUUGUCUGCCAUUUCUACCCGUCUGGGCCGCAUUGAGGAGCGCGUCAGCAGCGUUACAGCUACCCUCAAAUCUCUUCCUACCAGUGAGGAGUUUCUCUCUGUUGGUCUGCAACACCUUACAGCACCCACACCCGGUGUACGAGAGCAGGAAUUGGACAGCCAAGUGCUCCAUCGUAGCACGAAACCGCGCUGUAUGCAGGCGCAGUACGAGGCUGCAGAACCACCGCCACCGUUACACGUAAUGGACGCUUUGAGGGAUGAUGGCAAGACUACGGCUCGAUUUUACUCGGACCCACUAUUCUUCUUUGAUCUUUGGCGCAAAGGGAUGUUGGAGGAUGCUUUUGAUGGAAUUGGUGGCGUCGGAGGUGGUGGUGCUGGUGGUGCAAAGGGGGCCAAAAAGGUUGCGAAGAAGAAACGUCCAAAACCCAAAUCUAAGCCCUCCUCUACUCUGGGUGUGAACGACUAUCCACCACUGCAGCAACAAUUUCUACCACAACAAGAGCAAAAAUCACUGCAAUCUCAACCGCAGCAACAGUUGGAGCGUCAAGAGGCACAACCACAACAGUCACUCCCGGUGACCUUACAAUCUUCAAUGCCGAGCGAGGGAAGCAAUGUAGCGGCGAGUUCUGAGUACGGAGAGCCCGAGACGCUGACUCAUCCCAGCGAGUGGAUAACCGAUGCUGCUCGUCCUACCCCGCCCUUUCCCUACUAUCGUGGCGGUAGUGAUGGCGACAACAUUGCCAAAUCAUGCGAAUCGCCUCCACCACCACCACCACCACCUCCACCGCUGAUGGACUUAUCCAUUUCCUCUGUGGGCGGAACUAGUGGCAGCGCUUGUGGAAGUGGAGCCCUUUCUGUGGAACCCAUCCAUAGCCUUCCACCGUAUGCUCCAUCCCUCUCUUAA